AUGCUGGGUUUGCAGCAGGGUUGGAGCAGUGUUGGAGCAGGGUUGGAGCAGUGUUGGAGCAGGGUUGGAGCGGGGUUGGAGCAGGGUUGGAGCAGUGUUGGAGCAGGGUUGGAGCGGGGUUGGAGCAGGGUUGGAGCAGUGUUGGAGCAGUGUUUGGAGCAGGGUUUGCAGCAGGGUUGGAGCAGGGUUGGAGCAGGGUUGGAGCAGGGUUGGAGCAGGGUUGGAGCAGGGUUGGAGCAGGGUUGGAGCAGGGUUGGAGCAGGGUUGGAGCAUGGUUGGAGCAGUGUUGGAGCAGUGUUGGAGCGGGGUUGGAGCAGGGUUGGAGCAUGGUUGGAGCAGUGUUGGAGCAGUGUUGGAGCGGGGUUGGAGCAGGGUUGGAGCAGGGUUGGAGCAGUGUUGGAGCAGGGUUGGAGCGGGGUUGGAGCAGGGUUGGAGCAGUGUUGGAGCAGUGUUUGGAGCAGGGUUUGCAGCAGGGUUGGAGCAGGGUUGGAGCAGGGUUGGAGCAGGGUUGGAGCAGGGUUGGAGCAGGGUUGGAGCAGGGUUGGAGCAGGGUUGGAGCAGGGUUGGAGCAGGGUUGGAGCAUGGUUGGAGCAGUGUUGGAGCAGUGUUGGAGCGGGGUUGGAGCAGUGUUGGAGCAGGGUUGGAGCAGGGUUGGAGCGGGGUUGGAGCAGGGUUGGAGCAGGGUUGCAGCAGGGUUUGCAGCAGGGUUGGAGCAGGGUUGGAGCAGGGUUGGAGCAUGGUUGGAGCAGGGUUGGAGCAGGGUUGGAGCAGGGUUGGAGCAUGGUUGGAGCAGGGUUGGAGCAUGGUUGGAGCAGUGUUGGAGCAGGGUUGCAGCAGGGUUUGCAGCAGGGUUGGAGCAGGGUUUGGAGCAGGGUUGGAGCAGGGUUGGAGCAGGGUUGGAGCAGGGUUGCAGCAGGGUUUGGAGCAGGGUUGGAGCAGGGUUGGAGCAGGGUUUGGAGCAGUGUUUGGAGCAGGGUUUGCAGCAGGGUUGGAGCAGGGUUGGAGCAGGGUUGGAGCAGGGUUGGAGCAGGGUUGGAGCAGGGUUGGAGCAGGUUGGAGCAGGGUUGGAGCAGUGUUGGAGCGGUUGGAGCAGGGUUGGAGCAGUGUUGGAGCAGGGUUGGAGCGGUGAGGGUUGGAGCAGGGUUGGAGCAGGGUUGGAGCAGGGUGGAGAGGGUUGGAGGUUGGGCAGGGUUGGAGCAGGGUUGGAGCAGGGUUGGAGCAGGGUUGGAGCAGGGUUGGAGCAGGUUGGAGCAUGGUUGGAGCAGUGUUGGAGCAGGGUUGGAGCAGUGUUGGAGCAGUGUUGGAGCGGGGUUGGAGCAGUGUUGGAGCAGGGUUGGAGCAGGGUUGGAGCAGGGUUGGAGCAUGGUUGGAGCAGUGUUGGAGCAGUGUUGGAGCGGGGUUGGAGCAGGGUUGGAGCAGUGUUGGAGCAGGGUUGGAGCGGGGUUGGAGCGGGGUUGGAGCAGGGUUGGAGCAGGGUUGGAGCAGGGUUGGAGCAGUGUUGGAGCAGGGUUGGAGCAUGGUUGGAGCAGUGUUGGAGCAGGGUUGGAGCAGGGUUGGAGCAGGGUUGGAGCAUGGUUGGAGCAGGGUUGGAGCAGGGUUGCAGCAGGGUUUGCAGCAGGGUUGGAGCAGGGUUUGGAGCAGGGUUGGAGCAGGGUUGGAGCAGGGUUGGAGCAGGGUUGCAGCAGGGUUUGUAGCAGGGUUGGAGCAGGGUUGGAGCAGGGUUGGAGCAGGGUUUGGAGCAGUGUUUGGAGCAGGGUUUGCAGCAGGGUUGGAGCAGGGUUGGAGCAGGGUUGGAGCAGGGUUGGAGCAGGGUUGGAGCAGGGUUGGAGCAGGGUUGGAGCAGGGUUGGAGCAGGGUUGGAGCAGGGUUGGAGCAAGGUUGGAGCAGGGUUGGAGCAGGGUUGGAGCAGGGUUGGAGCAGGGUUGGAGCAUGGUUGGAGCAGGGUUGGAGCAUGGUUGGAGCAGUGUUGGAGCAGUGUUGGAGCGGGGUUGGAGCAGUGUUGGAGCAGGGUUGGAGCAGGGUUGGAGCAUGGUUGGAGCAGUGUUGGAGCAGUGUUGGAGCGGGGUUGGAGCAGGGUUGGAGCAGUGUUGGAGCAGGGUUGGAGCGGGGUUGGAGCAGGGUUGGAGCAGGGUUGGAGCAGGGUUGGAGCAGGGUUGGAGCAGGGUUGGAGCAUGGUUGGAGCAGUGUUGGAGCAGGGUUGGAGCAGGGUUGGAGCAGGGUUGGAGCAGGGUUGGAGCAUGGUUGGAGCAGUGUUGGAGCAGGGUUGGAGCGGGGUUGGAGCGGGGUUGGAGCAGGGUUGGAGCAGGGUUGGAGCAGGGUUGGAGCAGGGUUGGAGCGGGGUUGGAGCAGGGUUGGAGCAGGGUUGGAGCAGGGUUGGAGCAGGGUUGGAGCAGGGUUGGAGCAGUGUUGGCUGGUUAUAGUGGACAAAUCAUACAAUGUAUUGGGAUGUGA